CUCUCUAGAGGAGUAAGUUUUCCACAGCAGAGAGCUGGGAACGGGAGCAAGAGAGGCUUACUUGGCAACAGGCACAGUAAGACUGGCAACCAGCUAGCCCUAGAGAUUCCCUGUCUCUCUUGCCUGGCAGCAUGAACCCAACGACUCCACCAGGCCCCACGGCCAAUUCUGUAUAUAUGGUGCCACCCUACAACGGUUACCCUGUGAUCACGGGAACGGUGGCUCAGGUGCCUCUCUAUCCAGGCAACCAGAGUCAAAUCCACGUAAUUCAUGGGAAUCCACCUGGUUUGGUGCCAGUCCAGAAAGUCUUGAAAGAUGGCAAAGUCCUAGGGGCCAUCCAGAUCCUGAUUGGCUUGGUGCACAUUGGCCUGGGCUCCAUCAUGUUAUUCAACCUCUUCGGGUACUAUGUACCGGUGUCCCUCUAUGGAGGCUUCCCCUUCUGGGGAGGCAUCUGGUUUAUCAUUUCAGGAUCUUUCUCGGUGGCGGCAGAAAAACAACCCAAUUCACCAUGCCUGAUGAAUGCCAGUGUGGGCUUGAACAUCUUCAGCGCCAUCUCUUCUGCAGUGGGCAUCAUGCUCUUCAUCACGGAUAUGUGUGUUGCAGGAACCAGUGGCUACCAUUACUACGACAGCAGGAAUCUAGGCAUGGCUAUUUCUGGUGUGCUCCUCAUCUUCUGCCUCCUGGAGCUCUGCACUGCGAGUGUGUCUUCCCACUUUGGCUGCCAAGUGACCUGCUGUCGGCACAGCAAUGUGGAUGUGGUCAUUCCAAAUGUCUACGCAACAAAUCCAGUGGUCAUCCCAGAACCACCAAACCCAAUACCAAGUUACUCCAGUGUAGUUCAAGACUCCAGAUAAGUGAAGUUGAAGAUUCUAGAAGACUCUUUCACUGAGACUUCAGUGAUGUCCUCCCCUGCAUAGGCUCCUGUAAGCCAGGUUCUUCUUUUCCUGACAAACUAGGGGAAAUGUCUCUCUUUCUGCUUAUUCUGUGGACUUGUGCUUCAGUUCACCCUGGCAAGUGCAGCUGGCUCUCUGCUAGAACAAGGUGGGAGACUGAAAUGAAUUUACGUGAAGAUGUCCUCCUGAGACACAUGCAUCUGUAUGGUGGUAGGCAUCUCUCCGCCAGCCUUGGUGUAUGUACAACUAUGUACUCGUUGCCUAUGGGAGCUUUCAGAAUAGAGAAAUAGUUAUCUCAUCACCCACAUUCCCUCUGUCCGUCAUUCAAUCUUCUAAUAAAUAUGUAUCAAGCAUCA